UCGUCAUAUUCUCAUGUUCUUCAGCUUUAAGACCGGUGUUAUUCUGUCCAGGCGGCUUUUGGUCACAUUCAGAUUUCAGCGUUCUCGAGCUGUCGUGUGUUUUACAGGAGCCUGGGACAGAGGCGGAGAUCAAGGAGUUUGCUGAAGGCUACAACGCAGAGUUUCAGCUCUUCAGUAAGAUCGAGGUGAACGGCGACGGAGCUCAUCCGCUCUGGAAAUGGAUGAAAGAGCAGCCCAAAGGCAGAGGCACUCUGGGAAACAACAUCAAGUGGAAUUUCACUAAGUUCCUCAUUGACAGAGAAGGUCAGGUCGUGAAGAGGUACGGACCGAUGGACGAUCCAAGCGUUGUUGAAAAGGAUCUUCCCAAGUACCUGUAGCCUUUUGGAUCGAAUCCGAUCUCCGUCCCAUGUGUUUGUAGACACCCGUCUCCUCUCUGGUCGAUGGCUGGAUGUUGGCAGGGUGAAGCCCAGAUCUGUGACGGCCGUUCCUCAAGCCUGUGCUCAGGUGGGGACGGCCUGAUGUCCUCCGGCGUGCAAAUUCUCUGGGAAACCCCCCGAUGUCCAGCCGCAGAGCAGAGAGGAGCUGAGCUCGUCACGCAUGCACUGAAAUCACUGAUGUACCUGAAGAAGGUUUUCUGAUGAGCAGCUGUGAUGAUUAAAGAGUAGCGUCAGAA